UUUCUUUAUUUAAAAAACUCAUAUUUAAUAAACGUUUUGUAAAACUUUCAAAAAAAAUAUCAAAAUGGCAGUCAUUACGACGCCAUUUCCGGCAGUCCCUCGGAAAACAGGUGCAUCCGCGUUGUCAGCAGAACUUCUUUCAGGAUCAUCUGAAAUAAAAAUAAAAAAUACGUGUUUUAGUAAAGACAAUAAUCUAGUACACUAUCAACACAUUAUCCAUGGUGAUUUGAAACCCGAAAAUCUGUUGCUCACUGAAUGCGGGCGCAUUAAAAUUGCCGAUUUAGGGGUCUGUAACGAAUUUUUCGGUGAAGAUGCAAUGAUAAGUAGCGGGAGUACGGCAGGCACUCCAGCAUUUAGAGCACCAGAAUCACUAAAACUCGGUCGACAUUUAUUUUGUGGGAAAGCUGCCGACAUUUGGUCUUUGGGUGUGACCCUUUACGCUCUGGUCUAUGGAAACGUACCAUUUAUUGCAAAUUCUAUUCCAAUUUUAUAUGAAAAAAUUAAAUUAGACCCGCUUGUGCUCUUCGAAGAGCCAAAAAUUAGUGAACAACUUCAGGACUGCAUUCGUAGAAUGUUAGCAAAAAAUCCUGACUCCAGAAUUUCUUUACAGCAAUUAAAAGAACAUACUUGGAUAACUAAAGGUGGUUUGCAUCCAUUAGCAAAUGUGAGUGAGAACUGUGACUUGGUCAAGGUUAGUGAAGAAGACAUCAGUACAGUUGUGCAAAGUAUUCCAAAACUAGACACACUGAUUUUAAUUAAAACAAUGCUCAAAAAUCACUCCUUUGGAAAUCCGUAUGUUAGCGAAAUUUUGCAUGAGUCGCAUCCACGUGAUAUAACUCGUUAUGAACAAUUUUUUCGAGCUGGGCGCUCUAAUUCUGCUCCUGGGUCAUACACACAGCAAAAUAAUGGCAAACUUUAUCCACUUACAUACAUAUGUAUGUAGAUUAUGCCUUGUGAGCAGAAUGUAUAUAUUUUCAAAUAAACCGGAAUCUAAAUAUAGUCGAUGAGACUAUUUCUAAUACAGACUAAUUGUAUUUAUACGAGCUUAAAUAUGUAUAAUAAAAACUUAUAGAUUUUUAUUAACCUUUUCGAAUAUGCAGCGAAUUCUCUCUUCGUGGUCGCUAACCAGGCGAAUAAGUUUUUUACCGCUGAAUACAUUUUAUAUGAUAUAAUAUUAUAUACUUACUUGUAAUACUGCAUUGAUAAAUAAAUUGAUGGUGAUCCCAUUUACAUUAGAAAACAGCUAA